UAUUGUGUCGAAAAGGAGGAGAGGAACGAGCGCGCAAAAAUGCGCACCUUAGUUAUAUUUCUCAAUGGGCGAUUCCCUUUAUCUUUUGAAUUACCGAAAUAAUUUUGGGUUCUACACCAAUUACAUCAUAUAAACCAUAACUCCACUUGUAUCUAAACUUCUUUCCAUUCGCUACAAGAGAACAAGUAAAAUGUUGUUAUUCUAUUUUUUGUGUGUGAUUCAUAUCUGCUGGAGCUUACCAGUGCAAAGAAAAGCCAUUCUACGCUACGAAAACGCUUUGAAUUUUAUGAAACAAUAUGGAUACCUCAAAGAGGACAAGGGAAAUUUUUCUAGUUAUACAAACAGAGAAGAGCUUAGUGAAACUAUAAAAACUGUACAAAGAUUUGGAGCACUCAAAGAAACAGGUAGAUUGGAUGAUGCUACUAUGAAGCUGAUGUCUACACCUAGAUGCGGCAAUGCUGAUGUUCUGAAUGGAAAAAGACACAAGAGAUAUAUUUUAGUAAAAGGAUGGAAUAAAAGACAUAUUACCUACCAUGUGAAAAAUUGGCCUACGAAACUUGGUUCAAAAACAGUGGAUGCCCUCAUUAAUAAAGCCUUAAAGACUUGGGGAGAUUAUGGUAACCUGAAAUUUAGAAGAAAAUCAACUGAAGAUGCUGACAUCAUAGUUUCGUUCAACCAAGGUGAUCAUUAUGAUGGAUUCCCUUUUGAUGGUCGUGGAUAUGUAUUGGCUCAUGCCUUUUUUCCAUUACCUGGUUCAUCUUUAGCUGGGCACAUUCAUUUCGACGCUGAUGAGAAAUGGGUUAAAAGCACACCCAAUCAAAUAUCAUAUGGCGGCACUGACUUCUUCUCUGUAGCGUUACACGAAUUAGGUCAUUCUCUAGGGUUGGGACAUUCAACAGAUGAAAGAUCUAUAAUGUUCGCCUACUACAAAGAAAGUGACGAAAACAUUCGACUCAGCCAAGACGAUAUUUACGCCAUGUACAAAUUGUAUAUCCAAAGGCCAAUUGUCGAAACCACAAAAGCAACAACGACUAAACCUCAGACGACAACAAGACCAACAAACUCAACACCUCCAACGAACACCACUCCAAGGUCGCCAAAAUUCAUACCGAUUCCGAAUUUUACUCAGAAAAGAACUACCCAAGAAUCAACAACUACCACACCAUCAACCAAAAAACCUCCCAUUUGGAAAGGCCGCAAAUUGAAGUCAAAACCGGAUAUUUGCCAAGUGAAAUUUGAUGCUGUCGCCAAAAUAUGUGGGAAAAUCUUUAUAUUCAAGGAUGAAUACAUUUGGCGUCUUCAAGAUCAUAAUCAGUCGCUUCCGAAUAAUCCAGUGCCACUCAGGCAAAUAUAUCCUAAUCUUCCUGGGACUAUAAGAAAAAUCGACGCUGCCUACCAGAAGGGAGAUGGAAAUGUGAUACUUUUUACUGGUGAUGUUUAUUGGGAAUAUGAUGGUCUGAACUUCACGAGAAAUAGUCCUAGGUCUGUGAAGGAUUAUGGAAUUCCUGAGGGUAGUGGAGGUGUAGAUGCGGUUCUAACAUCAGAAGUGAAUGGUCUGUCUGGGUGUCCGCAAACCUUGUAA